GGAGCGGCGGUGGCCGCCGAGGGAGGGCGCGAGCCCCGUUUAAAGGGCCAGCUGGCUCGCGCGAAAGUUGUGAGGAGUUCAGCGGUCACCGGCCGGGUGGUGCCCAGGGGCUGGGCCGGGAGCCCCCCUCCGGACGGCGGGGCCGGGGGGCCAGCAGCGGCAUGGAGCAGGCAGCGCCCAAGAGCAAACUGAAAAAGCUAAGUGAAGAUAGUUUAACUAAGCAGCCUGAAGAAGUCUUUGAUGUUCUGGAGAAACUUGGUGAAGGGUCUUAUGGUAGCGUCUUUAAAGCAAUACACAAAGAGUCUGGACAAGUUGUAGCAAUUAAACAGGUGCCUGUGGAGUCAGAUCUCCAAGAGAUAAUUAAAGAAAUCUCUAUAAUGCAACAAUGUGACAGUCCCUAUGUUGUCAAGUACUAUGGCAGCUAUUUUAAGAACACAGAUCUAUGGAUUGUUAUGGAAUAUUGUGGAGCUGGCUCUGUUUCGGACAUAAUUAGACUUCGUAAUAAAACGCUAACAGAAGAUGAAAUUGCAACUAUUCUGAAAUCUACUCUUAAAGGACUUGAAUACUUGCACUUUAUGAGAAAAAUACAUAGAGAUAUAAAGGCUGGAAACAUCCUUCUUAACACCGAGGGACAUGCAAAAUUAGCUGAUUUUGGUGUGGCUGGCCAGUUAACAGAUACAAUGGCAAAACGUAAUACUGUUAUAGGAACUCCGUUUUGGAUGGCUCCUGAAGUAAUACAAGAGAUUGGCUAUAACUGCGUGGCAGACAUCUGGUCCCUUGGUAUCACUUCAAUAGAAAUGGCUGAAGGAAAGCCUCCAUAUGCUGAUAUUCAUCCAAUGAGGGCUAUUUUUAUGAUUCCUACAAAUCCCCCUCCAACCUUCCGGAAGCCAGAGCUCUGGUCUGAUGAAUUCACAGAUUUUGUGAAGAAAUGCUUAGUGAAAAAUCCUGAACAAAGAGCUACAGCAACACAGCUGCUACAGCAUACAUUUAUUAAGAAUGCCAAGCCAGUUUCAAUUUUAAGGGACCUAAUCACUGAAGCUAUGGAGAUAAAGGCCAAGCGACAUGAGGAACAGCAGAGAGAACUAGAAGAAGAGGAAGAAAAUUCGGAUGAAGAUGAGCUGGACUCUCACACCAUGGUGAAGACUAGUUCAGAAAGCGCUGGUACCAUGAGGGCCACAAGCACGAUGAGUGAAGGCGCUCAGACAAUGAUUGAACAUAACAGUACUAUGUUAGAAUCAGACUUGGGGACCAUGGUAAUAAAUAGCGAUGAUGAUGAAGAGGAAGAUGGGACCAUGAAAAGAAAUGCUACUUCACCGCAAGUUCAAAGACCUUCAUUCAUGGACUACUUUGAUAAACAAGAUUCCAAGAAUAAAAGCCCUGAAAACUGUAAUCAGAACAUGCAUGAACCUUACCACAUAUCCAAAAACGUUUUCCCUGAUAACUGGAAAGUCCCUCAAGAUGGAGACUUUGAUUUCUUAAAGAACCUGAGUUUAGAAGAAUUACAGAUGCGAUUAAAGGCUUUGGACCCUAUGAUGGAACGAGAAAUUGAAGAGCUUCGUCAGAGGUACACUGCAAAGAGGCAACCUAUCCUAGACGCAAUGGAUGCAAAAAAACGGAGGCAACAAAAUUUCUGAGUGUGUUUUACUUUCAGAGAUAAUACUAUGAGUCAGUGUGGACACUGGUAACUUUGUAAGUCUGAAGGAAUUCGAUUAUGAGAGUUUUCAAAAACCCAAUAUUUGAAUUUUCCUUCACAAGCAAUGACAAUUGGAGUAGUGCAAGAACAUACAUAUGGUGUUCUGCAAAGGCAACGAAACACAUUACCACUUGUUUAUAUUUUCAAAUGUUUAAUGUAAUAGAAGUUUAAUCUCUUACUUCCCAAUCUUUUUCAGGUGUAUAGUGGUAACUUGGUGUUGUACAUUAGGACUUGUGUUUUGGAGCACCUGGAACGAUUUCUUGAUUGUGCAACACUACAGAGCCUUAUGUCGCAAUAUAUUUUCCUCCCACUUAGUAGCAUAUUUAUUAUGUAAUCUCUGGUUAUCCUAUUUAUUUUAUGCCAGUUUUCUUUUUUAUUAGGAAGUAUUAGGAUAAUAUAGUGGAGAGCAGAGCCAGAUUAGAUAAAGUUGGUAUUGUAGUAUAAUGAAAAGAAGCUCACCACUGUAUUAUGUUUUAAAACUCCAAUUUCAGCAAGCGUCCCAAUUCAGGACAGCACUUGAACAUGUUUCCAGCGCAUCCAUAUCAGUAGGAUUUAAGCAUAAAAUAAGUAAUAGACACAUGUUUUUCUGCUCUCCUGAAUCAGGGACUGUGGCUGUAGUUGAGCAAUACAGUUGUUACACUACAGAGCAUUCUUUUAGAGAGUAUUUUUGUCAUUUUUACGCACACUGAAUGGUCUCAUUAAACAAGAAGACAAGUGCCUAAUCAGUUUUGAUUUUUCUGUUAUUCAGGAGAAGCAAUACUUGCAGUCACUCCUUCAGUGUAAAUUUCCAAUUGCUAUUGCAAUUCUGACCAGUAUAAACCUCUAUUUUGCACCGUAGUUUUAUAAUGAAGUAACAGCUACACUUUCUUGGAUAUGUCCUUUGGUUCAUUUAGGUUUUUUAUCACUGUUUUGAGGGGAGAGGGGAGUUAUUAGUGGUUUGGGUUUGGUUUGUUUUCACAUUAUAGAUACAAAGGGAUAGUAAUUUAAAAGCCAAAGAAAAUAAAUUGAAUACUUAUAUAUAAUAAGUACUGAAAAGCAGCAACAUUUUGCAGCCCUCUGAGGGUUUUGUCCUGCAAUCACUAAACAUUCAAAAUUCCUCAGUCUUCUGUGGUAGAUUUGGGGGAAUCAGAAAUGCAGGACCAAGCUCUUAAUAUCUUUUUACAAGUUCUUCUGUCUGGUUUAUAUUGUGGGAUAUCUAGUAGGUAGAAUUUACAACAUUGCAAGAAAUAUUUCAGACUUAGCAGAAAAUGUGAUCCACUUUCUAAACAAUCUACUGUGUUCUCUAUUGAUAUCUUUACUAUCGUUGCCUUUUGUGUAAAUAACUUUACUGUGAUAGUCAUACUUCUUUAAACAAUACAGCUGAAAAGAUCUUUACAUUCAACCUUCAGCUGUUAAACUUUUAAUGGUGACUACUGUAUGGGCAUCUUCUGUUAAAUGUUUUGUCGAAGUUAGUAAUCAUCUCAUACCUCUUAACAUUUACCGUCAUCAUACGUGGACCAUUUAGAUGGAACAGUGCAGAUUUUGGAAAUGGUGCAUUAUAACAUAAAGCUUAUGCAAAAGGAAAACAAAAGUUUUUACAGGAUCAGCAUGCUACAGCCAUGCUGGGACCAGUAGUUGGGUUUGAGCUGUAUACAGCCAUUGUUGUCAUUGUCAUUCUGUGUGUGUGUUUGCGUGCAUGCCACACUCUCACAUGUAAACCCUAGAGUCAAAUAAAUUUUAAUUGUGAUUGUGAGAACAUCCUUACCCUCAACUCUCUUUCUAUUUCUUAAAGUAAUGACCAUCCCUUAUGAAAAACCAAAACCACAGAAGAUCCAUAAAAAUUACCUUAGGCAAGAUAAAAUGCACCUGGUAGUCUUAUGCCUCAUAUUUAUACAAUGAAAUGAUGUAAAGGAAAAAAUGGUGUAACCAUAUCACUGUGUCAUUAGAUUAUAAUCAGAAUGAAGCAAAAAAAUAACAGCACCAACCUGCCCCUGUUAGUAUGGUUCUUAUUUAUUUAAAAUUAAUUUCUAAUUCUUGAAGUUUCUGUUCUCAAAAACUCAAAGGGUGUGUGUGUGUGUACAUAUAUUUGUGUAGGUAUACACACAUAUAUAUAUGCAAAUCUAUAUAUAAGAAAAAAUAUAAAACAGAUUUAAACCAUCAGGAGAGGAACCUGGCUUGCCUUUUCUUGGUGUGCCUUUUAAGCAAAGUGUCACUAUCCAGACACUCUUGCUUGCAUCAUUAGCAGCUUGCUUUUCCCUUACUCUCUUAAAUUUUUCCCACCAAAAAUAAGACCUUGAUUUUGAAUAAUGUGGCUUUACAGUGUAAUAGACAAUGUAAUAAAAAGAUCACAAUUUUCAUAUUUUGUGUAUUCUGAAAACUUUAGUGAUGCAGUGUACUAAAUUCAAAUUGCCUAUCCAGAGGGACUCCAGUAAAAGGCCUUUUUAGACUAGAGCUGUUGCAGACUGACAUCUGAAAGGUAUCAGAAGAUAAAGGACAUCCUUUCUUCACUCCUGAUCUGUCUUUUUAGAAAAAACGCGAAUAAAUUUGUGCACAUGCAUACACACAGGUAUGA